AUGAUGCAUUCGCUCCUUCAAACGGCCGCCGCAACAACCCCACCUUGUGGCACCCCUCUUGCUCUACUCCGAGCUGCCGGCCCAGCUCUUGGAAGGCAUGCUCUAGCUACAAGAUCAACUGCCGCUUCAUUGUCUGCACGCAGUCCAUCUUUGCUAGGCAUUUAUUCCUCGACGACGGUCCGUUGUUAUUCUGGCGGGAGGUACAAGGUUCGGCCCAGCCAAGCACAAGCUUUUCCGGCAAAGCUUUCAGAGACGUCAGCUUAUCCUCCACCCUCUGGAUGCCGCACUCCUGAACAACACUUGCAUAGCUGGCACCGUCCCGUGUUUUGCGGAACCUCUCAUCGACCUCUAAAUAUUUCGACUGUUCUGGCGCCAACAGCGCUGAAGAAAAUCAGCACAACCGAAUCCGCCUCGACCUCGGCCAGCACAACACAGCAUCAACAACAUCGCGUCUAUUCUACGAGCAAGGUUGCAGACAUGUAUACAGCUUCGUUUGCCUUUUUCGAGGCGAUAUGGGAGGCCGGCGUGACCCAUUGCUUUGUCAAUCUGGGCUCUGAUCACCCAAGUAUCAUUGAAGCCAUGGUCAAGGGCCAACGCGAAAAGAAGGGCCAAUUUCCGAGAAUCAUCACGUGCCCUAACGAGAUGGUUGCAAUGUCCAUGGCAGACGGCUAUGCACGCCUCACCGGAAAGCCGCAGGUUGUCAUUGUACAUGUGGAUGUUGGCACCCAAGGUCUCGGCGCCGCCGUUCACAACGCAAGCACUGGGCGCGCUCCGAUAUUAGUCUUUGCUGGUCUCAGUCCUUUUACUCUCGAGGGAGAGAUGCGUGGUUCUCGAACUGAGUACAUUCACUGGAUCCAAGAUGUCCCCGACCAGAAGCAAAUCAUCAGUCAGUACUGUCGUUAUGCGGCCGAGAUCAAGACGGGCCGAAACAUCAAGCAAAUGGUCAACCGCGCUCUUCAGUUUGCUACCAGUGACCCCCAAGGUCCCGUACACCUGGUUGGUGCCCGAGAAGUGAUGGAGGAAGAGAUCGAACCGUAUCACCUGGAACAGGACGUCUGGGACCGCGUUGAGCUUGGCGGACUCCCAAAGACUGCCGUUAGCCAAAUCUCUGAGGCAUUAGCCGGAGCCAAGAAGCCUUUGGUUAUCACUGGCUAUGGUGGACGUAACCACAAGAUCCCCGGCGCCUUGGUCGAUCUAGCCAACUCGGUCAAGGGACUGCGAGUCCUGGAUACCGGUGGCAGCGACAUGUGCUUCCCGGCUUCUCAUCCUGCGUGGUUGGGCCUUCGCUUCGGUGUCGAGGCGGAGAUCAAGGAAGCCGAUGUGAUACUCGUCGUAGAUUGUGACGUUCCAUGGAUCCCCACACAGUGCAAGCCGGCUGAUACGGCCAAGGUUUUCCACAUUGACGUCGACCCGCUCAAACAGAUGAUGCCUCUACAUUACAUUCCAGCUCAGCACCGCUACCAAGCCGACGUCCUGACUUCUCUGGAGCAAAUCACAGAACACAUCCAGACGGAAGUCGGUAGCAAGAUCGAUGCAGCUACAGCCGAAAAGGCCUGGGAGGGCCUGGUUACCUCGCACAAGAAGCGUCUCGACGACAUUGCAGCCAAGGCUGGCCCCCAAUCCGAUGACACUUUUGGCACAGGCUAUUUGUGCCGUCAGCUGAGAGAACAGUGCCCCGAUGACACAAUCUGGGCCAUUGAAGCCGUCACCAAUACGGCAUUUGUGCAUGACAAUCUACAACCAGAGCUGCCCGGGUCAUGGAUCAACUGCGGCGGAGGUGGCCUUGGCUGGUCUGGCGGUGGUGCUCUAGGAAUCAAGCUCGCGACAGAUGCCGAGAAUGGUGGACCCGGUAAGGGCAAGUUUGUCGUUCAAAUUGUGGGCGAUGGUACUUUCUUAUUCAGUGUACCCGGAAGUGUCUACUGGAUUUCGAAGAGGUACAACAUUCCAGUCUUGACGAUUGUUCUGAACAAUAAAGGAUGGAAUGCCCCAAGAAAGUCUCUCCUUCUCGUACACCCUGAUGGCGCUGGCUCCAAGGCUACCAACGAAGAGAUUAACAUUUCGUUUGACCCCGUUCCUGACUAUUCGGGCAUUGCAAAGGCUGCCGCCGGAGGUGACCUGUUUGCCGCCAAAGUUGACAAGGCAUCGGAGCUCGAGGGAGUUUUGAAAACGGCCAUUGAGACAGUCAAAGGAGGGCAAAGCGCUGUCCUUGAUAUCAAGGUAAAUUUUGGCAGCUGA